CAAAACAAUGAAAGUUUUAAUAUUUAUGGUCGACUGCGUCGGUCAUAUAAACUCGUGUGUCGGUAUUGGCCAACAAUUAUCAGCCGCUGGCCACGGGAUAACUUUUCUCAUCCGUAAUCAUUGGCACGGUUUGCCCGAAUCGUACGGUUUCGAUGCCGUCUACUAUAACGAUACGGAUGUCGAGUAUACGCCGGCCGAUCGAUUGAAAGUAUGGUCACAGAUAUGCGACAAAGAGGGCUAUUUCCAGGACAUACCGGCACUGGACAAGUCGGUCAACUUUUUCAAUACAAGAAUACGUGAUUUUUGUCAGACAAUAACUGGAAAAGUAGACACAAUUAUUGAGAAUGUAAUCAAUGGCUUGAAACCCGAUAUUAUAGUUGUCGAUCAUUUGUUGGCCAUACCUUCGGUAAUAGUUUCGGGCAUACCAUGGGUUUGGGCAUCAAGUUUACAGCCUUUGUCGCUAAUGGGUUGGUCUGAUGAUAGGCUACCGCCAACAUGGUCAGGACUUUCAAUAUUUGGAGACAAAAACAAGUGGUCAGAGUAUCGGAAAUCAUUGGCCAAAAUGACACGAAACACAUGGCAAGAGUUUAAUGACUAUUGUGUCGGCAAAGGUUGCGAACCGUUAGACAAAUUGCAGUUUUUCUAUCCGUCACCAUAUCUUAACAUUUAUGUUUAUCCCCGGGAACUGGACUAUCAGGAGUAUCAACCUCUACCCGAAAACUUCUAUCGUGUCGAUCAUCUAAUGAGAAGCGAUGAGAAACAAUCCGACUAUCAGUUUGUCAUACCUGAGACAUUACUGGACAAACCGGGAAAACUUAUAUACUUUUCAAUGGGAACAUUAGGUUCGGCUAAUGUGGCAAACAUGAAACGAUUGAUCCGAUUGUUGGCCAAACUUAAACAUAGAUUUAUUGUAUCAAAAGGUCCGAUGCUUGGUCUCGACAACGACAAGGAUUAUAGGCUACCUGAUAAUAUGUGGGGCGAGACAACUGUCCCGCAGAUUCAAGUGCUACCCAAAGUCGAUUUGGUCAUUACUCACGGCGGCAACAAUACAAUAGCCGAGACCAUGUAUUUUGGUAAACCUAUGAUAGUGUUGCCAGUGUUUAUCGAUCAGUUAGAUAACGCACAGCGUAUUCAUGAUCUGGGGUAUGGUAUCCGAUUGGAUGCUAAUAACUGUACAGAACACGAGCUCCUGGAGGCUAUUGACAAACUGCUCAAUGAUUAUGAUUUGUUGGAUAGAUUGCGACAAAUCGCACAACGAAUUCAAUCGGAUAACAGUAUUGCAAACAUACCGACAGUAUUUGAAAAGUUAUUAUUGAAAAACUAG